CAUUUUGACAUCAAACCUGUUCCAAAAACGUCUACCAAAACAAUGGCUCCAAGAAACAAAUGUAGUCGGUCAACAAACAAAUCAAUUAAGAUACAACCAGUUGCUCGGAAGGAGAUGAAGAAAACAACAAAACCGCUUCAAGAAAUUGUUUAUAUUUCUUCCAGUACAAGUGGUCAUCAAGUGUCUCAGCAAAAAAAUGACAACGAGAAAUAUUAUAAUAUCUCAGAUGCAUCAUCUCCCAUGAAAUUGGAUGGAAGUAGAAUUCAUAAGGAUUUGGAACAAGCUAGUGCCAAGGAUCCACUAAUAGAGACUUUCAAUAGCUUAGCGAGAAUGAUAGUGGAUAGAUAUCCCAAAUGGAAGUUCGCGAUUUCUCCAUCAGGACUUCAAAUAUUAAUUGAUAAUAACCAGCAAAGUUCUUCAACUAAUUCACAUCCUUCAGCAGUGGAUUGUCAAAAUGAAAGUAGAAGGAGGUUGAUCGAUCAUUAUGAAGAAGAUAAUGAUUAUUAUAUAAAUUUUCAACCAAUGCCUCCAUAUAUGAUUGAUGGAAGGAUUAUUGGUGUUCAAAUGCCAAAAAAAAUUCCUAUCAUAUUUAGACCUCCUUCCAAUAUGAAACUAGACGCAGAUGAUACAUAUUUUGCAGCGUAUAUAUUCAUGCGCGACGAAGAUAAUCUUCACGGAAACGAAAUUCUUGUCAAAUGCAAAUCUUUCGUUGGAGAUAGGAAAACAUUAAAGACCCUUACGCCCAAUGAUUGGUUGGAUCAAGAGGUUAUUAAUUUGAUGGUUUGUAAGCUUAGAUUCUUUGAGAGCUUAUCGGCUCAAAAGUCAACAGUCAUGGAAUAUAACACUUGGUACUUGCCAACUACAUUUGCGCAAUAUGCACUUAGUAAGGGUUAUAUGCAUACAAAAGCAAUGGAUUUCAUCAAGGAAGAAUUUAUGGGAAAUUUGAAGUUUCUUCAAAAGAUUUUUAUUCCUAUCAACGACAAUAACGAUCAUUGGUACCUACUUGUAGUUGACAUAUAUGAAAGGAAGUUGUUAAUAUUAGAUUCCUUACCAUGUGUUGCAAGAGACAAGCACAGAAAGCUACAAGUGCAUAGACUGGCAAUAUACUUAGAUGAGUUAAAUGAUGACGAUAAAUUUAUAUAUAAACAUGUCAUAUCAGACUUUCCUAUCGUUGUGCCUAAAAAUCUUGGUCGUCAAGAACAUGGAUCUGGUGACUGUGGAGUUUGGGUUUGCAAAUGGAUGAAAGAUUGCGGAUAUUCAAAUGAUUAUCAUGAAGUACAAGUUAACCCGAGUACAAGAAUGCAGAUUGCACUUAAUUUGGUUAAUUGUUGUUACAAUGAGUUGAAGGAGGAUAUAUUUCGAAAAGCAGUUCAACAUUGGGAUGCUAGUAUGGCAAAACCUUGAAGAGUUUUUUUGAUUUUAAAUGUUUUUAGGUUCUUUAUUUUUUAUUUAUAGAUUUUGAUUUUUAUAUUUUUUUAGUUGGCGUUUAUCACUAUUAUGGAUUUGUAAAUUUAUAAACUUUAUUAUUCGCAAGUUUAUACUUUAUUAAUUAAUAAUUAUUUUUUCUUUUUAUUAUUAUUGAAAGUGUGAA